CAUGAAGCGACUGUGGAGCUAUCUCCCCUCUUCUCUUAGCAGUUCCAGGAGCGACCCUCCGCAGCAGAUUCCUGAUCCCACCGGUGAUCCUCCAGCCGCUAAAGCCGGGGACACUCCCGCCCUUCUUCAGGAGCCUCCACCGGCUCUUCAAGAUCCUUUGCCGGAGAAUCAUUCUCCCAAUGGCGAGAUUUACGGCAACCAGAUGCUUACCAGCUCCAAGAGCUACCCUUCGCACAAGAUUCAUGAUCCUCCCCGUAAAUUAAUGGCGUCUGUGCGCUCCCGACUGGUGCAACUCUUGCCGCCGCAGCUAGGGAAGGGAAGCGACUGUGGAGCUGUCUUGCCUUCCUUAGCAACAGGAGCAACCCUGGAGCAGCUGAUUUAUGAACCCGGGCAUCCUUCGCAAAGACGGAAGUCUUUGCAAAAAUCGCACAGCCUGUAAGGUCCUGAUAUAUAGUGGGCUAGAAUAAUGAUAUUGGCUGUUAUGUACUAUAUUGUUGUCAUAUUGAUUUUCCCUUCGACGCAGCAAGGCAGCAUGUCAUGUAUAGUAUUCAUUUUGUAAACUUCUCCAAUCAAAUUGAUCAAGAAAUGUGCACCUUCA